UCCCUUCAUUCUCAUCCCAAUCUGCCGAACCAGACAAGAACAUUCUGGUGAAGCAAUUGGACAAACAUGUCUAAGCUCAACACCCUGCUCCUGAUAGCCCUCCUCCUCUUCUUCGCGCUAACGUGCGCCGCCGCUCGUCCCGAGCCUUCUCUGGUGACACCCCAGAUUGGGGUUAAUGGGGCAGAGAGCAUUGAGGCUGAUGAAGCAUGUGAAGGUGUGGAGAAGGAAGAGUGCUUGAUGAGGAGGACUCUGGUGGCUCAUACUGAUUAUAUCUAUACCCAGAAGCACAAACCAUGAAGAAUAUUUGUGUUCCUAGCAAAAAUUAUGCUAUAUAGGGAGCUGAGUACUAGAUAUGUUUGGUCAAUAUAUUACUAUUAUAAAUAGUAAUAAAUAAACAAAUAUAAAUGUUUGUAUAUGAAUGUGUUUUCAUGUGA